AUGGAUCUACUGAAGAGGGCACUCAGGGAUCCCAGCAUAUGCCAAAUGAAUCCCGAAGAAAUAACUAUCGGGGGAAGAAAGAUUUCCCCUAAACAGACCAUCAAAUUUAAAGGAACAGAAACCAAGGAGUAUACAUUUGAGCAGGUUUUGUUCUAUCUACUGAACAAAGACAAGAAGUACACGGCGUAUAUGACGUUGUGCAAGGAAAGUGGAAUAGGAAAGAUAUAUUAUACGGACCAAAAGAUUAUUGUAGAGGAGAUUGAAAACUUUAAGGAAGCAUCUAUUGAAGCCAAGAUUGAUGGACCGGACUUCCGAUACAUUGGAUUCCGGGAUUAUAGCUAUUUAAAUAACAUUUGCAAGAAAGAGGAAGAAGGGAGACCAGUGACCUACUAUGCCAUAGUUCCGCAAUCGGUUUCUUCUCCCGUAAAUCUAAGCAACGUUAAGGAGUUCUUUGAGAAGGGAAUAUGUUCCGAUGAGAUUAGCAUCAGUGAAGCCGAGAAGGUAGAACUGAAGAUUGAAGGAUUUGGAGUUGUUGCAGUGGACGAUGUAGGAAGAUUUACGUCUGAGGAUUGGAAAAAGGUUGUAUGUAUAUUUCUUGAUGGAACCAAGUGGCAAGUAAGCAGAUGGAAUAUAAAGGAUGUGGGAGAGAUAUUUAACUCUAUACCGACGUUUUGCUUUGUAAAAAGAGGGAUGACAAGCAGUAUUUAUAUGAGGAACUGGAAUGCUAUUGAAAUUCCUAUUCAGAAUGGGAAGGUAGAUGGGCCCAUCCUUAGCUCAAUAAAAGAGAGGAUCAGAAGCUGUAUUCUAGGGAUCUGA